GAUUUCUUUGCGUACGAACCGUUGCUUCCGGGUGACUUCAAGACAAGAAUCCCCUUUAUUUUACUCUUUUUGUGAAUUAAAAAUAAAAAACGGUGUGCUCUGAGGUGUUAAAACGUCUUAAAAAUGAACAGAAUAUUCGGACGCGGGAAGCCCAAAGCGCCUCCUCCGAAUCUGUCGGACUGUAUCAGCACUGUGGAUGCCAGGGCAGAGUCCAUAGAAAAGAAAAUAGGCAGACUGGAUGCUGAGCUAUUGAAGUACAAAGAUCAGCUGAAAAAGAUGAGAGAUGGGCCCUCCAAGAAUAUGGUGAAACAAAAGGCCAUGAGGGUCCUGAAGCAGAAGAGAAUGUAUGAAGGUCAAAGGGAACAGCUGGUUCAGCAGUCGUUCAACAUGGAGCAGGCAAACUACACCAUCCAGACCUUAAAGGACACUAAAACUACAGUGGAUGCCAUGAAGACUGGUGCGAAAGAAAUGAAAAAGGCCUACAAGGAUGUCAAACUUGAUCAGAUUGACGAUUUACAGGACCAGCUGGAGGACAUGAUGGAAGAYGCCAGCGAGGUCCAAGAAGCCCUGAGCCGCAGCUAUGGUACUCCAGACAUCGAUGAGGAGGAUCUAGAAGCAGAGCUGGAUGCGUUGGGCGAUGAGCUGCUGCUGGACGAUGACAGCUCCUACCUGGACGAGGCGUCAGCUGCCCCGUCGAUCCCUGAGGGGAUUCCCAGUGACAGCAAGACAAACAAG